GAAUUGAACCAUGGCGAGACGAUCUCAAUAAUCAGCGCGAUAUGUCACGUUCUAUGUGAGACGCGUAGUUUAUAGCCUUUCCCAUUAUAGCGGAGAAUUAUCCUUUGGGUCGACUCCUACUAGUUGUGAGAAUCCGCUCGACAUCCAAAGUCAAACCAAUCCGUCUAUCGACGGCUUGCCUCAUACUACACCACGGGUUGGUCACCAGUCUACUACUAGGCCCUUCAGCUAUACCCCGAUCUCCGUGCCUCUUCCGAGUCCCUUAUGCAUACAGGUUUCUCCGCUCGUAAUGAUGAGCCUGAUCAUCCGAGUCUCCCCACUGAAACAACGCUGAAAGACAUCUCAAAUGCUAUCACCAUGGAUCAACAACACCCUGUUGCUUACGGCAGGUUGGGGGAGAUCUGGAAAUGCACCCUUCACAUCGAUCAGAUAUCGGUCAAAGUCGCAGUGAAAGCAAUACCAUUAUUUACCCUUUAUUCUGAAGGAUCAAAGAUAAAAUUAACUCAGAGGAUAAAGCGUGAACUGAGGAUACGUACCGCCCUCAACCAUGCAAAUAUUGUACCCAUUUAUGGUUAUACGUAUAGCUUCAGCUCACUUCCAGCGAUAGUCACACCUUUCGCAGAAAAUGGUAGCCUGCUAAACUAUCUGGAGCGUGAGGGUGCGGUUCUUAGUCUCGUCAGACGAUUCCAGCUGCUCAGAGACAUCAUAGCUGGUCUGCAAUAUCUUCACGCCAACGGUUUCAUCCAUGGAGACUUCAAUGGGUCUGAUGUGCUCAUCCGCGGUGAUGGCACUGCGUGUAUUGUUGGCUUUGGGUUUUCCUUGAUGUAUUCAGAGGUCGCAAGCGCCUCUGAGGCUUCCUGGUUUUCCACCCUCAAAGGAAACAUACGAUGGAUGGCUCCUGAGCUGUUAGUAAGGAGGGAUCAUGGAUCUUCAGCUCGUCCGAGCGAGCAGAGCGACAUCUAUUCGUUCGGCGGUAUCAUGUUGCUGGUCUCCACCAACAAAGUUCCUUAUUAUUAUCACAGUACUGAGGUCACCAUCGUCCGAUGCCUAGCUAGGUCGGAAACGUCCUCCAGAGCCCGUUAUCCUGAGCUCCCUGAAAAAUACUGGGCGCUUAUGGAGCGAUGUUGGUCCACUAAUCCUCGGGAUCGUCCAUCGACAGAGGAAGUUGAUAUAAUGAUCAGGAACGAAUUUGACUCACUGUCGAGAUCUGAAAUGAAUCCUGUUGCUUAUGGCGACAAUCUCCCUCCUCAUGCAGCACUCCGAGACCUCUCAAAGUAUAUCUCCAAAGCUGAAGGCCACCCUGUUGCUCGUGGCGGGUUCGCAGAUAUUUGGAAAUGCACCUACGUUGAUCGCAUACUAGCCCAAGUUGCGGUGAAAGUAUUGCAGACAUGCGCUGAUGAUCAAUUUGGGCCAGCAAAGACGAAAAAGACCAAGAGGAUAAUGCAUGAACUCAAGAUAUCUGCCAGCCUCAACCACGCAAAUAUUGUACCCAUCUAUGGUUAUACGUAUGGCUUCGGCCCAUUUCCAGCGAUAGUCAGUCGUUGGGCAGAAUGGGGUAACCUGUCGGAUUAUUUGAAGCGUGAGGGUGCGGCUCUUACUCUCCUUAGAAAAUUCCGGAUCCUCAGAGAUAUCAUAGCUGGCCUGCAAUAUCUUCAUGCUAAGAGUGUCAUCCAUGGUGACCUCACUGGGCCUAACGUGCUGAUAUAUGCUGACGGCACCGCUUGUGUUGCCGACUUCGGUCUUUCCUUGAUGUAUUCGGAGGUCAUAAGCGCCUCUCAGGCUUCCUGGACUUCCACCUUCAGUGGCAAUGUACGAUGGAUGGCUCCUGAGCUGCUUGAAGAGCGAGAGGACGGAACUCCAGUACGGCCAAGCAAGCAGAGCGACGUCUUUUCGUUCGGCGGUAUCAUGUUGCAGGUCUUCACCAACAAAAUCCCUUAUCAUUACCUCCGGCAUAAUCACAUGAUCGUCCUGCACAUAGCUAAGUCGGAAACACCCUCCCGAACUCAUUAUCCUGAGCUCCCUGAAAAGUAUUGGCCAUUUAUCGAGCAAUGUUGGUCUACUGAUCCUCGGGACCGUCCAUCGACGGAGGAAGCUGAUGUGACGAUCAGGAAUGAAUUUGACUCGCUGUCCAGAACUAGUUGAUUCUUGUGCUUGUCUUACAUGCAAACAUCUGCUUACUGAACCUAUGCAUCAGUAUAGUAAAUGUAUACGUUUCACUCCAAGAUUUCUCUUAUAUUAUUGACUUGUACUGUAUUCAUUCAGUACUAAGUGCUGCCAGCCACUUACACUAUAUUACGGUAUACCUAACACACCUUAUUACCGUUGUAUAAGGCGGCCGGUCAUGAGUCCAUGUAACUUGUGCGUAACUGCAA